UAAUUAACUACAACUGCACCUAAUCACUGGAAUUGAACUUGUGAAAUACCUAAACCAAAGCGCCAAAGUCACGUCAAGUUCGACACAAAUCUACUUAAACUUGCGCUUGCGCAAACACUUCGCCUCCUCAUCUUCUUUUUCCUACCUCGUUAUUUACGGCGUCAUUCACUCUGGACAGUCCUCACCAACUAAAUUAAUCCAGAAAAAACAAUCUCCUAAGCCGUCAUCGCUUUUACCUCUCCCACCCCACCAAAAACCCCCUUUCCUGUUGGAUCUGACCCUACCUACUAAUAUUGUUCAUGGGAGCCCAAUAUGGGUAUAAGUAGACGACCAAAGGAUAAGUCAGGCGGAGCAUCCCGCUCCGGCGGCGGAGGAGGACGAGAUGGAGGCGCCGCGAGACCUAAGAAAGCUACAUUCGAGACUACUAAAAAGAAGGAGAUAGGUGUUUCCGACUUGACCCUACUUAGCAAAGUAUCCAACGAAGCGAUAAACGAAAACCUAAAGAAGCGCUUCGAGGGUCGCGAAAUCUAUACCUAUAUCGGCCAUGUGUUGGUUUCGGUUAAUCCCUUCAGGGAUCUCGGUAUCUACACCGACCAAGUCCUAGAAUCGUACAAGGGCAAGAACCGAUUAGAAGUGCCGCCCCACGUCUUUGCGAUCGCCGAGUCAGCAUAUUAUAACAUGAAGGCAUACCAUGAAAAUCAAUGUGUGAUUAUUUCUGGAGAGUCAGGAGCUGGAAAGACCGAGGCCGCCAAGCGGAUCAUGCAAUAUAUCGCAAAUGUAUCCGGCGGUGAGAGUGGAGAGAUCAAGCAGAUCAAAGACAUGGUGCUGGCAACCAACCCUCUACUCGAGUCCUUUGGAAAUGCGAAGACGCUGAGAAAUAACAACUCGUCACGCUUCGGAAAAUACCUACAAAUACACUUUAACGCCAACGGAGAGCCCGUCGGAGCGGAUAUCACAAACUACCUACUCGAGAAGACACGAGUGGUUGGUCAAAUUACGAACGAACGAAAUUUCCACAUCUUCUACCAAUUCUCCAAGGGCGCCUCCGAAAAUUACCGGACAAUGUUCGGUAUUCAGAAGCCCGAAACGUAUGCGUACUUGAGUCGGUCGAAAUGUUUCAAUGUUGAUGGUAUAGACGAUCUAGCUGAAUUCCGAGAUACUCUAGAAGCCAUGAAGGUCAUUGGCCUGUCUCAAGGUGAACAAGAUGAGGUGUUCCGUAUGUUAGCGGCCAUUCUGUGGACUGGAAAUAUCCACUUUGUAGAAGGUGACGACGGAUAUGCUGCCGUGGCGGACCAGUCUGUUGUAGACUUCCUUGCCUAUCUGCUUGAAGUCUCGCCUGCUGCGCUAAUCAAGGGUAUUACCAUUCGAAUUUUAACCCCGAGGAGUGGCGAGGUCAUCGAGUCACCUGCCAACACGGCCCAAGCAAACGCGACCAGAGAUGCGCUUGCUAUGGCUAUCUAUUAUAACCUUUUCGACUGGAUUGUUGGGAGAAUCAAUCAAUCCCUCCAAGCGCGACAAGCGACAUCUAAUAAUAUCGGAAUCCUAGAUAUUUAUGGCUUCGAAAUCUUUGAGAAGAACAGUUUCGAGCAGCUUUGCAUCAACUAUGUGAAUGAGAAGCUUCAGCAAAUCUUCAUUCAGCUCACUCUUAAGGCUGAACAAGAGGAGUAUGCACGGGAACAAAUUCAAUGGACUCCUAUUAAAUAUUUCGAUAAUAAGGUCGUGUGUGAUCUGAUCGAGCAGGUUAGACCCUCAGGUAUCUUUUCCGUGCUAAAAGACGCCACCAAAACAGCCCACGCCGAUCCUGCUGCAUGCGAUCGCACUUUCAUGCAGAGCAUCAACGGCAUGUCGAAUGCCCAUCUUACACCACGACAAGGAAGUUUCAUUAUCAAGCACUACGCCGGCGAUGUUAGUUACACCGUCGAAGGAAUCACUGAUAAGAAUAAGGACCAACUCUUAAAGGGUGUCCAAAACUUGUUCCAGCAAAGCUCGAACCGAUUCGUCCACACUCUGUUCCCUCAAUCCGUAGAUCAAGAUAACCGCAAACUACCUCCGACGGCUGGCGAUAGAAUCAGGACUUCGGCUAACGCCCUGGUAGAGACAUUAAUGAAGUGUCAACCGUCAUAUAUUCGAACGAUAAAGCCCAACGAAAAUAAGUCACCCUCUGAAUAUAACGUACCAAAUGUGUUGCAUCAAAUCAAAUAUUUGGGUCUCCAAGAAAACGUUAGGAUUCGACGCGCUGGUUUCGCUUAUCGUCAAUCUUUCGAGAAGUUUGUAGAGCGAUUCUUCUUGUUGUCUCCUGCUACAUCCUACGCGGGUGAAUAUACCUGGUCGGGAACCGAAGAGGCUGCCGUGAAGCAAAUCUUGAAGGAUACCAGUAUUCCAAAAGAGGAAUGGCAAUUGGGUGUUACGAAAGCCUUCAUCAAGUCUCCCGAGACGUUAUUCGCCUUGGAAACGAUGCGAGAUCGAUAUUGGCAUAAUAUGGCUACUCGUAUUCAACGAAUGUGGAGGGCUUACCUAGCCUAUCGUGCCGAAUCGGCGACCCGAAUUCAACGGUUCUGGCGUAAGAAGAGAGUGGGUGCUGAAUACUUGCAAUUACGAGAUCAAGGCCACAGGGUUUUGCAAGGGCGCAAGGAGCGAAGACGAUUCAGUCUUCUAGGUUCUCGACGUUUCUUGGGAGAUUAUCUAGGGAUCAACGCUUCAAAUGGGCCUGGAUCACAAAUCCGAAAUGCCUUACAAGCAUCCAGCAACGAGAAAUCUCUUUUUUCAUGUCGUGGUGAGGUUUUGGAAGCCAAAUUUGGUCGAUCCAGUAAACCGAGUCCUCGAAUUCUUGUCGUGACCAAUAGCAAGUUCUACAUUGUUGCACAGACGCUCGUUAAUCACCAAGUCCAGAUCAUCAUUGAACGACAAAUUCCCUUAGGUGCCAUCAAGUUCAUUAGCGCCUCGACAGCUCGUGAUGACUGGUUUUCAUUGGGGGUUGGAUCACCACAAGAACCGGAUCCAUUGUUGAAUUGUGUCUUGAAGACCGAACUCUUCACACAAAUGCAACGCGCUAUGCCUGGCGGCUUCAACUUGAAGAUUAGCGAUUCGAUAGAAUACGCUAAGAAGCCUGGAAAGAUGCAACUGGUCAAGGUGUUGAAAGAUUCACAACAGGCAGUGGAUUUCUAUAAGAGUGGUGCUGUCCACACACAGCCUGGUGAACCUCCUUCAUCCGUCUCUAGGCCGACGCCGAAGGGUAAACCCGUACCGCCUCGACCGAUCACUCGUGGCAAACUUAUCAAGCCUGGAGGUCCUGGCGGCAGACCUUCACGGGUUACAAACACUCGUCCAAGCACCACCAAACGCGGCCCAGCCGCAGUUCAGACUCCACGUCCUGUUCCCACUCCUGCUGCUGCCGUCACAAGUAGCAUACCUAACCACACACGUAACCAAAGUUCAACUUCAUCCGUUCGCGCCCCUCCUCCACCGCCACCAGCUGCACCACCAGCAAGAGCUAGGAUAAACGCCAAGGUUCUAUAUACGUUUGAAGGAACAGGGCCAGACGGUGGAACGAAGGAGAAUGAGCUCUCCAUAACGGCGGGUGACAUCAUUGAGAUCGUCCAAAAAGAGAACAAUGGUUGGUGGUUAGCCAAAAACUCGGCCAGAAGACAAGGAUGGGUACCCGCAGCAUACGUUGAAGAACAAGCAGCUGCUCCUCCACCAGCUCCCGCCCCGGCUCCGAGAGCUCCACCGCCACCCCCUAGCCAAAACGGUACGGCGACGGCGGCACGAAGUAAACCUACGCCUCCCCAACCCCCAGCGAAGCGGCCCGCUGCCGGUAGAAAGCCGGCAGCCGUGCAACCCAGAGACUCGGGUAUGAGCCUUAACGCAAACGGCGGUUCUGAUAGCAGUCGUAGCAACACGCCCACGCCUAGCCUCGCAGGUUCCUUAGCCGAUGCUUUGUUAGCAAGGAAACAGGCUAUGCAGACUAGGAAGGAUGAUGACGACGACUGGUAGAUCAGACCAGGGUAGUAGUACGAUAGCGUUAUGGCAGUGGUGUGAACGCUAAUUUUGAAUUUUGUGUAUAUGCUCGCGAUCGUAAAGAAAGAUCCUUUUAGGAUCACUACAAGAGAUGGUAUGGCAAAAGCCUACCUGGUGUUCAAGAUUUACGAUUCACGAGCUUGGACCAACAUGACAAGAACAACAGGAGGGGAGAAUGUCAGUCGAAGAACUACAACUGACAACAUCAAUCCUCAUGACAAUGAUGAUGGGUGUAAGGUAUAUGGGCAUGAAGCGAGAUAUAGUGUAGCAGCCUUGCAUAGUAGAAAGAGUAGCUACAAGUUUAGAAAGGACAGAGAAGAGUAAAGCAGAGCGAAGAGCUAAGAUAAGAAAAGAAAAGAAGUUGAAGAAAU